AUGGCGGCAGAGUCGGGGCGCCAGUGGACACAGGCUCGCAGGGCGUACGGUGCCAGCCAGGCCCUGCGGCGCGGCGCGGACCGCCGGCGGGACCCGGGGCCCCAGCCCAACGGGCCGGGCCCCGAAGAAGCCCGCGCCCCCGGGCGCCUGGCUCGCCUGCGCGGCCAGCUGCCGGCGGAGGCGGAGGCGCGGGCCGGCGCUCCGCGGCUGCUGCGGCUGGUGGAGCGCGCGGGGGCGGCGGCCGGGGCCGGGGCCCAGAGUGCCGGGGCCGGAGACCAGGGUGCCGGUGCCGGGGCGCGGGAGGACGCGCGCAGCCGGGGCUCCGUGUGCUCGGUGUGCGGGGAGCCGCGCGGCGGGGCCACCUACCCGGCGGGCGUCCUGGAGGUGAGCGAGCGGCGGCUGCAGGAGGGCCUGGCGGCCGUGCGCGCCGAGCUGGGCGCGGGGCUCGAGGCGCUGCGCGCGGAGCUGCGGGCGGAGCUGGAGGCCCUGCGCGCGCUGCUGCCGCCGCCGCCGCCGCCCGGCCGCCGCGAGCCCCGCGCUGCGCCCCGCGGCCCGGCCCUGCUGCGGGCGCUCGGCACCGUGAACGCCCUGGCCGCCUUCACCAGGCCCGCGGACGACGCCUCCGACGGCACCGUGAACGGCCCUGCGAACGGCCCCGCGAACCAGGCCCCCGCCCGGAAGAACCUGAAGAAGACGCCGGGGCCCCCCGGGGCGCGCAGGGCGGUGGGGACUGA